GGAAGCAAGAUGAGGGGCAAAGAAGAUGACUUAUAAGACAGGAGAAAGAGAAAAAGAAUAAGAGAGAAAAAGAGAAGAGAGAGACGGAGAAGUGGAAUUUGCCUUGCCGCGAUCCAUCUUCAAAGUCUCAAUUCAAUUCAAGGGCGCUGUGCCGUGAGCCCGUGACGUUGAUCGAUUCAAGUGUAUAACUAUAAUAAUAAUUAUUAUUAUUAUUAUACAUAAAAUAGGUGCAGAGCAGGAAGGAGAAAAUGUCGCUGAAUAUGAAAACCCUAACCCAAGCAUUGGCGAAGACCGCGGCGGUGAUCGAGAAGACAGUGCAGACGACGGUGCAGGAGGUGACGGGCCCGAGGGCACUUCAGGAAUACGAGCUGCUCCAACAGAUCGGGUCCGCCGGGCCCGGGCUCGCCUGGAGGCUGUACUCGGGCAGGGCCCGUGAUCCCUCGCGGCAGCACCAAUACCCCGUCGUGUGCGUGUGGGUGCUGGACAAGCGCCCUCUUUCCGAGGCCCGAAUGCGCGCGGGCCUCACCAAGGCCGCCGAGGAUUCCUUCUUAGAUUUGAUUCGCACCGACGCCGCCAAGCUCGUGCGCCUCAGGCAUCCCGGUGUCGUUCACGUUGUCCAGGCCCUCGACGAGAGCAAGCACGCGAUGGCAAUGGUCACCGAACCCUUGUUCGCUUCCGCCGCUAAUACUCUUGGCAUUGUUGACAAUAUUCCUCAUCUUCCCAAAGAUCUCAGGGGAAUGGAAAUGGGUCUGUUGGAGGUGAAGCAUGGCUUACUUCAGAUAGCAGAAUCCCUCGACUUUCUCCACAACCAUGCUCAUCUUAUUCAUCGAGCUAUAUCACCUGAGAACAUUCUUAUUACCCUGAGUGGAGCCUGGAAACUUGCUGGAUUUGGUUUUGCAAUUUCUAGUCAGACCCCUGGUGACUCAUCUAAUCUGCAACCCUUCCAUUAUUCUGAAUAUGAUGUUGAGGACUCUGUCUUGCCACUUCAGCCAUCACUUAAUUACACUGCUCCUGAGUUGGUGAGGAGCACUGCAUCUUCAGCUGGGUGCUCAUCUGAUAUUUUCAGUUUUGGAUGCCUUGCCUACCAUUUAAUUGCCCGGAAGCCUUUGUUUGACUGCCACAACAAUGUGAAAAUGUACAUGAAUACCUUGACUUACUUAUCCAGUGACGCAUUCUCAUCUAUCCCACCAGAGCUAGUUCCUGACUUGCAAAGAAUGCUUUCAUCAAGUGAAACUUCUAGGCCAACAGCAAUGGAUUUUACAGGCUCACCAUUUUUUCGGCAAGACACUAGGUUGCGUGCUCUACGCUUUCUCGACCACAUGCUUGCAAGAGAUAACAUGCAGAAAUCAGAGUUCUUAAAAGCAUUGUCAGAUAUGUGGAAGGAUUUUGAUUCCCGUGUAUUGCGAUACAAGGUCCUUCCACCACUUUGUGCUGAACUUAGGAAUGUGGUGAUUCAGCCGAUGAUUUUACCGAUGGUUCUAACCAUUGCAGAGUCUCAGGACAAGAAUGAUUUUGAGCAAUCAACACUUCCAGCCCUUGUUCCUGUCUUGAGUACUGCUGCUGGUGAGACACUGUUACUACUUGUGAAGCAUGCUGAGCUUAUAAUAAACAAGACCAGUCAAGAGCAUUUAGUUUCACAUGUUCUUCCAAUGAUUGUGCGGGCCUAUGAUGAUAAUGAUGCUCGUAUGCAAGAAGAGGUCCUGAAAAAAUCUGUAUCUCUUGCCAAACAACUAGAUGCCCAGCUGGUGAAACAAGUGGUUUUGCCCCGUGUUCAUGGAUUGGCACUUAAAACAACAGUUGCGGCGGUUAGAGUCAAUGCAUUGCUGUGCCUAGGAGACAUGGUUAACCGGCUUGAUAAACUUGCUGUCUUGGACAUCUUGCAAACUAUUCAACGCUGUACUGCCGUUGACCGUUCCCCUCCAACCCUUAUGUGUACCCUAGGGGUUGCAAAUUCUAUUUUCAAGCAGUAUGGAGUAGAAUUUGUAGCUGAACAUGUUCUGCCAUUGCUGAUGCCCCUCCUGACUGCUCAACAAUUGAAUGUUCAACAGUUUGCCAAAUAUAUGCUCUUUGUCAAGGAUAUGCUCCACAAAAUAGAAGAGAAGCGAGGAGUGGUAGUGACUGAUUCUGGAAUGCCAGAGGUAAAAGUAUCUCCCAUGGUUAAUGCCAAUGGCCUUCAAUCUGAAGCCCUGCGAACAAGCAGCAGCACUGUACCUGCUUCAGCAAAAAGCAGCUCCUCCUGGGAUGAAGAUUGGGGUCCCAAAACCAAGGGCACUGCCUCUUCUGUCCAGAAUGCUAUUGAUACAACCGAUCAAUCUAUGGCAGGCAGCCCUUUGGGUCAAGUAAAGCAUUUGUCCUUAUCUUCUUUAUCUGCUCAGCAGACAACCAAGUCAUGUCCCUCAGUAGAUGUAGAAUGGCCACCUCGUGCUUCUUCUGGUGUUACCCCACAAUUUGGUGAAAAUGAAAGGCAGACAAUAGCCUCAGGAACUUCAUCCACAUCCUUUCUCGAACAUGAUGAUCCUUUUGCUGAUUGGCCUCCGCGUCCCAAUGGCUCAGUAUCAGGUGGAUCUGGAAUAUCCAGCAAUGGUAAUUUAGGAAUGCCACUAAACAAAGUUGGGUUUAAUUCAAUGACAAGCACUUCAAGCAAUAUGGGUGCCCAAACUAGUAACAGUUGGCCUGUUAAUUCCCAAAGUUCUGCCGAUUCCAUUAGUUUGAACUCAAGGAAUGCUAGUUCAACCAUGGGUAGCCUGAAUAGUGGCCUUGGACCUCAGAAUUCUCUUGACUUCCUAAAACAAAGCCAUGCUUUUCCAGUAUCGAAUGCUUCAUAUAAUAAUGUUCAGUCAACAGCAACAGAUAUUGGAUCAAUAUUUUCUUCCAACAAGAAUGAACAGAUUGCGCCUAAACUUGCACCACCCCCUUCCACCACAGUGGGCAGAGGACGAGGGAGAGGGAGGGGAGCUAGUUCAACCACUCGGUCCUCUCAUACCAAGUCACACGGUGAGCAGCCACCCCUUUUGGAUUUGUUGGGGUAGCUUGCUUCUAUUGUUGUUCAUGUAUUAGCUUGAUGAGUUACUGCUGAGCUUGUAGAUUUUAUUCAACAUCCUUUGUUGAGUGCUUGGAGACAUUUAUUGUGAAAGGGAGAUUUCAGAAAAUCUUGCCAGGCAACAUGUUUUAAGGGUCGGCUACUCUAUGUAAAGGUUUUGUUGUACGUUGCUUAGUCUAUAGUGAUUUUUGAAAAAAUUGGAUUAAUAUUUUUUUUAUUUUUUUGUCUUAUAUGUCAUAUACUUCAUUCUUAGGGCAUCAGGCAAAUUGUAUUCAGAAAAGUCCUGAUUACUGUGACUGGGUUGAAAAUAAUAAAGGCGGUGAUGAAGUUUCUUCUGUAA